UGGUGAUAGAAUGGAAAUGCAACCCAAGCUUGAUAGUAAUAAAACAUGUUGAGUCUGAAAAGAAAUACAAUAUCGAAACACUGAAUUACAGUGAUGCAUAUUUACAUUCAGAGCUAUAUCCCAACAGAAUUAUGACUGCUGGACAAAAAAAGAUAAAGUGAAGAUAAAUGAAAGAGAACAAAAUAAGUUAAUAGGCAUCCAUCAGACUCCUGAAAGAAAAAGGCUAAUUCACACAAAUGAAGUUCUUCUAAUAGAUGAUGAUGUUUUAACUGAUCAUUCAAAGGAGUCUUCAAAACCAACCAAGCAAGGGCAGAGGUUACAGAAAACCAUUAAGAAGACCAUGAAUGCUUUUGAAGUAGAGAACAAGAGGAAUUGUAGUGAGUGAAGAGAUAAGAUCAUUUUUAUGGGUAUCAACAAGGUUAGCACUGCUAAUAAUGCUACCAAAAUCCCUACUUCCAAACAAUGAAUCAAUAGAGCAAAGAGGAAUGCCAGAGAGUAUGUUUGAUCAAUCCUAGAUCACGAAAAGCCUCAUACUGGGAUAGAAUUCACAAAUCAUAAAAUCAUUAACAGAACUUCAGCUGGAUGGAUGAAGCAGAGUUAUGGCACAAAUAGUGACUCAAGACCUGGAACAACAAAGAUUAUUCAGGCUACCAAGAUCAGAUCUCAAACAGCUCAGAAGGAUUCUAGUGUGAGGCGUACAACUGCUUCGACUGGGAACAACUUAUCAAACCAUCGGUUUAGGAACCAUGUGAAGUAUACUGAGUCAGAGAAUCUACUGUUUCAAAAUUCCUGGAUCCCAAAUAGUUAUCGGAAGAAUGUAUUUGAUGUUGCUGAUAGAACUGAUCCGGUUAUACCUAAGAAAAUUCCUACCCAGAAAUUUCUCAAGAAUACGAUUUCUGGAGUAAGAGAGAUUAAUCCUGUCACAAGUAAGAUAACUAUCCAAGGGAAUGAAGGAAAUAUAAAGAAGAUCAUUCCUGGAUUGGAGAAGCCCCAAAAGCUCGAGAAGAAAUUAGAAGAGGUUGAAAAGAAGCAGAGAAAGAUGACUCCUUUCAAAAUAGGGAAAAUUCAGUCUGUCACUAAAUACACUAUCUUAGAGAUCCUUGGGAAGGGAUCUUACGCUACAGUUUAUCUUGGGAGAGCAAUUAACAGUGAUAAUAAACAAGUGGCUAUUAAGAUUUUUGACCAGAACAAAUAAAUCUCGCAGUGGUAGAGAAGAAAUAAACAUCUUAAAGAAGCUAAACCACCCAUGAGUGAUUUCGUUUCAUGAUGAAUACAUGCAUAAUAAUAAGCACCAUAUUGUAUUGGAACUGGCUAAGGGAACUUCACUACUGAAGAACCUUAAAGCUGUAACUAGGUUUUCAGAGAUUGAGUCUAAAACUAUUUUUCGAAAGAUUUUGGAAGGAGUUGAUUACCUCCACAGAUCAAAUAUUGCACAUAGGGACUUAAAACUCGAAAAUAUCAUAAUUGACAAAAGCAAGAAUGUGAAGAUAAUAGACUUCGGAUUCGCGACAAUGACAACCAAGGAUUACAAGGGAAGAGUCUUCUGAGGGACACCUUCUUAUAUGGCACCGGAGAUUGUAGCACAUCAAACCCAUAAUUAUAUGAAGGCAGAUAUUUGGGCCCUAGGCGUUAUUUUAUACUCCCUUCUUAGUGGAAAGUUUCCUUUUAAAGCUCAAAAAGAUAAGGAUUUAUACAGUAAAAUACGUAAGGGAUUGUUUGCAGUCCCUGAAGGAAUCACUCUGGAAGCAAAGAAUAUCCUACUAAGAAAAGCACUAAAGCACUUUUAAAGGACCCAUGGUUUACAGAAAAUAAGGAAGAGCCUGAUACAUCUCCUCAGGGGUCCAAGAAGAACAUCAUCAUGGGCACUAUUGAGAAAUAUAAGAAAAUAUAUGGUGGCAAUAGAAGGAAUAUCAAUAGUGAAAACAAAUGUGCAAGUGAGCCUAGGAAGAAGACACUGAAUGGAAGUCCUUAUCAGUUAAACAAAAGUCCUUAUAGUCAACAAUUAAAAGGCUUCUUGAAGGGAAGUACUCAAUACAUCAAGACAUAUUUCAAAAAUUCAGCAGAGUUUGGGAAAGGUGAACCUGAGGAUAGCUCAAUUUAUCCGAAAAGCCCUAUUUUAAAUGAUCCUGAUAUAUUCAAAGGGUUCAAAAAGAACUCUAAAAGCAACGUACAAAUAAAUUUCAAGAAAAGAAUAGAAUCUAUUGAAAAGAAUAAUACUCAGUUAAGAUUUACUUCUAAUAACAGCAAAAAUCUACGACUAAAUAUUCGGAAGGAAAUUAAGAUGGAUAACCAGAAAAUUAAUAACUUUGUAAACAGCUUUGAUGGACCAAACAAUGAAUCUAAGCGACAGACAUUUAAUGCAUAUUCAGGAUCAAAGGAAAGUAUUAUAAUGAGCAAAUAAGGACACAUUAAUAGCGUUUAACAAGCAAAGGCUAUCAAAACAAGAAAAGACAAAGCAAGAGC